AUGACGAUGUGCCCGUUCGAAUAUUUGCAACUCUGCACCAUCCUUCUCGGUCCACUACUUUUGGCGAUCGGAUGUGGAGGAAAGAAGAAGGCGGCGUGAGUUUGAAUUUGAAUUCCGAAGGACCGUCGGACGUAUCGCAUGUGUUCAGACCGGCCAAAACGGCGUCGAAAAUGACUCCGCCGCCUCCGGUUCCAUCUGCUCCGCCCACGACUGCUGGCCCAGAUGCGGCUGCUCCGGCCGUUCCAGUUGCUGCUCCAGAGGGAGAAAAAAAGGAGGAAGAGAAGAAAGAAGAGAAGAAGGAUGAGGAGAAGAAGGAUGAGGAAAAGAAGAGCGAAGUUAAGGAUGCGGAUAAGAAGGACGAUGAGAAGAAGGAUGAGAAAAAGGACGAAGAGAAGAAGAGCGAAGUUAAGGAUGCGGAUAAGAAGGACGAUGAGAAGAAGGACGAGAAAAAGAGCGAAGUUAAGGAUGCGGAUAAGAAGGACGACGAGAAGAAGGACGAGAAGAAGGAGAAGUCGAAAAAGUCUAAGAAGUCUAAGAAGUCGAAAAAGUCCAAGAAGGAUAAGAAGGAAGACAAAAAGGACGACAAAAAGGAUGAGAAGAAGGAUGAGAAGAAGGACGACGACAAGAAGAGCGAAGUGAAGGAUGCGGACAAGAAGGACGACGAAAAGAAGGAUGACGUGAGUUUGGAAUGGUCGGAACUCCCUGUGCUAAUGGAAUGUUUCAGGACAAAAAGGAGGACGACAAGGAGGAAAAGAAGGAGUAA